AAAAAAAAAGAGCGCGCUUUUUGUGGACACCUCCAAAAGUCAUCUAUCCGAAGAGCCAUCAUAGCCUGGAGAACAGUCUCGUCACGUUUUCAUCGACCUAAUGGCAUUACCAAGGACGGUUUCGAUGUUAUAACAUUGGUGAGAGCAAUCGAAAACCACUAGCUCGGCAAUCACACCCCCUUCCCCGAAGUUAUGGCUGCUGAUUGCGCUACACCCGAGCGGCACAAACUGUCUGCGGCCCUCAAGAACAGAAUCCUUCGCGGCCAAAGACGGAGGAUGGUCUCUCGCAGGGACAAUUGAAUAUGAGAGGAAAAUGGAGAGAGCCAGAGACAUGCGGAGAAGACUUCCGUUCGGCGAUCCUCAGCUGGAUCGUGAGCUCACCGAUGCAAUGGUGGGUAGGCCGACGGACGGACAAGGAAAGGACGAUCGCCGGAGGAUUCAUCACCGUUACCAAGGAGGACAGAAAGACACCGCCCGACCCUUGAGAGGGCGAUUGAUCUCCAUAAGGAGCCUGAUGACCCGGGUUGGGGGCGCCGGAAGUUCGCGAGAGAGUUCGCGAGAGAGUCCGCGAUACGCUCAUGCUGCCGCGUUGGUGUGAGGAGUCAUUGUCCGAUCUGGAGCCUUUGGCACCUGUUGGACACGUCCCAGGUGCCACCCUGGAGUUGUCAACGGCGAUUUCAACGGACACCUCCUCUUCGCGAUUUGCAUUGCCCACGCUCACUGAGGCUUACACUGUAUUGAUGUCACCCAUAUUUCCACAGAUGACCUGCCCUUGUCGUGAGGAUGGAACUGGUCACGUCGCCGCCAAAGACCAAGAUUCUGGAGCCCCCAAAACGACCUUUAGCCGGCUCACCGCCACUCCCGGCGAACGGAGGGGGUGGCCUCGGGUCGGUGGAACUUCCGGGGAGGGUGUUAAUAGCAAGAACAAAUUACACGUUCGGGUCGUUGAGAGGAUGACGAAGACUUAGGACGACGCCCAUCCGAUUCUCGAACAAGCAAGAGGAAAACUUUAAAGGCUCUGGGGAAUCUGAGCUGGACAUGGAGGUCGUGAGCGCCUAGACCAGCCAAGGCCGCCGCCCCCUCGCAGCUAGCAAAACCCACUCUAACCCCAGCGCUCUCCUUCGACCCUUGGAGCCCGUUUUGUCAAUUAUCCGACAUAUUUGUGUCUUCCGCCAAAGGGUGCACCGAGGGGUGUAUAUCGUACGAUCGUAAAACUGUAGCGUUAGUCACGUUGGCAAUAGACUUUUCC